AUGGCGACCGUGGAUGAAAAGAAAGAUCCUGUUCCAAAUGAGGUCGCCACUGACUCUCCAUCCGAUACUGCCGACAAUACUGACACGGGCGUUUCUGAGCUCAUCAACGCUUCUGGUCACGUACAGGAACUGGAGCGAAACUUCAGCCUUCUCGCCGCUGCUGGAGUCGGGCUCGUUGUGGGAACCGUAUGGCCUGCUGUCGGAGGAUCGAUCCUCGUCGCCAUCUUCAAUGGCGGACCCCCAGGGGUCAUUUACGAGUUCAUUGUUGUUUCGAUCUUCUACUGGAUAGUAGCUGCAUCUUUGGCAGAGUUGGCUUCAGCUAUACCUUCUAGCGCCGGUGUCUAUCAUUGGGCUUCAGUCACUCCUGGUAAAAAAUGGGGUCGUGUGGUCGGAUUCUUUGCUGGAUACUGGAAUUGGCUGGCCUGGGUAUUUGGUGCAGCAUCAAUGAGUUCCAUCCUUGCGAACACGUUCGUGCAGAUGUAUGCUCUGGAACAUAGCGACUUCACUGCGAAGCGAUGGCACGUUUUUGUGACAUAUCUUAUCGUAACCUGGAUUGCCUGUGCGUGCGUCUGCCUGUUCAACAGGGCAAUGCCGUACUUGAACACUGUAGGCAUUGUUCUCCUCCUAGGCGGGUUCCUAGUCACCAUCAUUGUCGUGACCGCAAUACCAGGAUCUGGCGACCACCCACCACACGCCUCGUCCAGUUUCGUUUGGAGUGAGUGGUCGGCAGAUAUAGGCUAUCCUAACGGGUUUGUCUUUGUUGCCGGAAUGCUGAAUGGCGCAUACUCUGUCGGAACACCAGAUGCUGUGAGUCAUAUCGCUGAGGAGGUCCCGUAUCCCAGCAAGAACAUCCCGAUCGCUAUCGGGCUGCAAAUGAGCAUCGGAUUCGUCACUGGAAUCUGCUACAUUAUUGCGAUCAUGUAUGCGAUAAGCGACUACGAUGCUCUGUUCAAUGCCCCAUUCCCACUUGCCGAGAUCUAUCGACAGGCCACCGGGUCGUCCGGCGGCGCCAUUGGGUUGCUCUGCCCCUUCCUCUUCUGUAUCGCGACCUGCUUGGUAGGAGUAUACAUCACAGCUGGCAGGACACUGUGGACACUUGGACGGGACAGGGCAACUCCGUUCCCUCAAUACAUUGGCAAGGUGUCUAAGAGAUUGGAAAUGCCCCUCUAUUCGACAUUGUUGUGUGGCUGUCUGGUGACUGUUCUGGGCUGCAUCUAUGUUGGAAGCGCCACGGCCUUCAACGCUUUCGUGGGCAGCUUCGUGUUGAUGUCUUCUGGAAGUUAUAUCGCAGCAAUACUGCCUCACCUUCUGACCGGUCGUAAAAAUGUCAAAUUUGGCCCGUUCCAGCUGGGAAAAUUCGGCGUCCCGAUGAAUACGAUCGCGUGUGGAUAUAUGAUUGUGUGGUUCGUGAUUUAUUGUUUUCCCUUCGCUCUGCCGACGGACGCGGAAACCAUGAACUAUGCCUGUUUGAUCUGGGGAGGUCUGACCACCUUUGUAACGGCUUGGUGGUUCCUUGGUGCCAGGAAACACUAUGAGGGACCUAAGCCUGCCGGUGGAGUCGAACACGAGGUUGAGCACAUGAGAAGACCUAGCGUGGAGAAGCGGGUGUCAGUUUAG